AUGACAUGUGUGACAUUUGAUUUUGAUAGUCGAACAGUUGUCUACGGCGGUUGGUCUCCGGCGGAGCUACACCAGCUCGCUGCGGACACGGAUGUACUCGCGCCUAGCCAGCCGGCGGUGACGGUCGCAGAGUCCAUCGCAGCACGACUGCGACCGUCGAUGCUGCUUGCCCCGUUCGAGGCACUUCGCUGCUUCUGGGACCCGGCGCCGCAGACAACUCCUUCCAGCGCGGAGGUAAUGCUUUCGGGCUCCACUUGUUGCAUGCAGGUGUCGUGGAAUGGUCACACUUCACGGCGAAGCGUCACAGGAGACAUAGUCUCUGAGCACGGUGCGUGGCUACGCUUUGUCUCUACGUUUCCUCACAAAAAGUACGCCUUCCAGCGGUCACCGAGGCAGUUGUCGAUUCUUAUUAAUGCACUGCGUGCCAGCUUUCCGCACCUCUUGGUGCCAGCUAGCAGGGAUGCUUCGAUCCAUCUGGCCCGAAGCAUGUUGGACUUUGUGGAGACGCAUGCAGAAGCCGUUUGCGCAUACCUCCCUUUGCUCUACUUCCUGUAUGAAUCUGACGAAAAGAGUGUCGUUAACUUUUUCAACUUGGUAGAGGAACUUGCGCGGCGGAGGCAAUUAAGCGAAUGUGGCUUUCUUGACUCAUUAAAGCCUCGAGAGUCGUCCUGGUUCAGUUGGGUGACCGCAAAGCCAAGAAAACAGGAAGUAGGCCUUACCGAGGACGUGUCUUUCAUCGAUGCUAAUGCAGACCGACUGCCUCAUGGCUUCAAGGAAAGGUUUCUAUUUGCCCAGUCAAGAAGGGAGGCAUUGGGGCGAGCGCGAAACGCCACCGUUGCUCUUCGCGACGCUUUGCUGGAAGAUGUAGAUGCCUUUGAGGCUACCGUAGAGUUUUGCGGACGAUCACGUGGGAGACUAUUACAAUACGGAUGUGAAAGUUGGGGUAAUGACACCUCUGAGCAAGAGGAGCACGAGCAGCAGCAGCAACAACGGCAACUAACAAACGAGAUCGCCGAAAAGCACGGGUUGAAGGAAGCCAUAGCAGAGUUUAUGGCCGUCGCAAGUGUGUUACAGGGUCAAAUAUUCGGACCUAUUCUUAAUACUCUUGUGGACUCUGUGAAGACAGCUGAGGUCACGGCGGAGACACAGCACGAGUACCUCAGAUCCGUGGUAGACUGUGCCAAGAUAGUUGUGCACAACGAGCCGCUUAUAACUGGAGCAAGGAACCUUCAUAAAACAUCUCAGGCAGCCAACAAUCGGGCGCUGCUGCGCCAAGCGAGUGAGUGCUAUGGAAAGAUGCGGCAAACUCUCCGAGCAUUCAAACUGCAUUUGGACCCUGAGCUCUCUAUAUCAGACAAGGCAAUGCAAAAAUUCCUGGUCGUGUGUUGUACACAAUGCUAUCAUGCGUUUACAACCUUCUACGAUGCCUUUGACGCACGGCAUCACGUCAAACUUCUCCCAACUGGUGAGCGACGGAACUGCUCAAUUCACCCUUUGCUGCGGCUUUUUGAUUGUGUGGGGGAGCACGACACGGUGAGGUGUAGUGAUACGUGA